AUGCCUACUUCAAGAUUCUUUGACAAAAUUCCCCCGUUUCCUGACGAAGUUCCCGUAGCGGAUAUUCCCACAAUCUCACUACCAGAACUAAUCGAAGAAUCUCGGAGGCUCAAGGAGCGCCCUGUCAGCGAAACCUUGUUCAAAGCAUGCCAGCUGUAUGGGUUCUUCCUGUUGGAGCUGGAGGGCUCAAGAGAGGGCGAGACGCUACUCAAGGAUGCGGAAACGAUGUUUGACCUCAGUACCGAGCUCUUCGCCCUGGGCGAUGAAGUUUUGGAAAGAUAUGCUUAUCAGCCACCGAAGAAUCUGCUGGGUUACAAAGGGGUGGGUCAACUGAAAGUGGACGACGGCAGCAUGGACGCCAUUAGGUUAUACACUAUAGGCCAGGAUGAAACUCUGGGCAUCGUGGAGAAUUUCGCCCAUCCAGUACGAGGGCAUCCACCAUUGCUAGAGGCACGACGAGAAGACUGUGCGAACUUCUUGCGGCAUUCCCACGAAGUUGUUGCGAUCAUUUUGCGCCGACUCGAUCGAUGCCUGGGUCUAGAGGAUGGGACGUUGGCGUCGACGUGUCGGUUAGAUAAAGCAUCGCAGACCUCCUUCUGGAUGUUGAUGUGUCAACCAUCCCAGCCGACACAGUCAUCAGCCGAGACAACAAUAAAUGUGUGUCUAUUUGAAUGCAACUGGAAUGCCGAUUUGUUCUUUCGUCUGUUCCUAGAAUCGGCAUAUCAGUGA